GCGGAUUUGCAUAAACUCCCGAUGAGCUCAGGGGAGCAGCUGGGGAGACUCCGGGGCGGCAGGAUUCGGGGCGGUUUCACGCCGGAGCGGAGCCGGGCUCUGGUACCGUUCGGAACCGCUGCUUGGAUCUGGGGUUUUCCCUCCGGCUCCCCCGCAAAACUGGAUUUACAAAGCGGAGUAAAACCCUGGUGUCUUUCCCUUCCCUGCCCAGGGAUUUUCACCUUCCCGGUUUCCAGGGGGUUACAUGGUGUUUGGCGUCUGCCAGGCGGAAGAUCGGAGCGGCCGGGAAAGGGUGAAAGGAAACAUCGCACCGAUGGGCCCCAUGAGUACAAAGGACCAGGACCAAACCCAUCACUGUCAGCGGGGUUGGCGGAUGUAAAUUAAUAGCAUUGAUACUCAAUAAUGGAUACUCAAUAAUAGAUAGAUGCAGGAAUAACUCGAAACACUGCUGUUAUUAAAAGGAAAACAACAACAAAAGCAGAAAAGGGAAUAUUGACAGAGAGACUGAAAUAACACCUCGCUAUAACCAUACAGGCAUGAAGACCCUGUUGCCGGCCUAACCUGGCCUGAGGGGCUGAGACCGGGUGGAGCACGAUGAAACCCAUAAUCCUUUGCAGCUUCCUCUUGGCGUCUGUCCAGGCAUCGGAACUGGAGGGGCACUUUGAUCUAGCCAAGUGUCGCUACGCGCUGGGCAUGCAGGAUCGAACCAUCCCCGACGAGGAUCUAUCUGCCUCGAGUGCCUGGUCUGAUUCCACGGCCGCCAAGCACAGCCGGCUGGACACGAGCGACGGGGACGGGGCGUGGUGCCCGGCGGGGCCCGUUUAUCCCAAUGACGCCGAGUUCCUGGAGGUCGACCUGCGGCGUCUGCACUUCCUGACCCUGGUGGGCACCCAGGGCCGCCACGCCGGGGGCCACGGCAAGGAGUUUGCCCGGGGCUACCGCCUCCGCUACAGCCGCGACCGGCACCACUGGCUCGCCUGGCGGGACCGCUGGGGCAGCGAGGUGAUCUCUGGGAACGAGAACACCAACGAGGUGGUUCUGAAGGACCUGGGGCCGCCCAUCAUCGCCCGCUACGUGCGCUUCUACCCCCGCGCCGACCGCGUCAUGAGCGUCUGCCUGCGCGUGGAGCUGUACGGCUGCAUCUGGCGCGACGGGCUGCAGUCCUACACCGCCCCCCUGGGCCAGACCAUGGUCCUCCAGUCGGAGCCUGUCUACCUCAACGACUCCACCUAUGACGGCUACAGUGUCAGCAAACUGCAGUUUGGGGGGCUGGGGCAGCUGACGGAUGGCGUGGUGGGGCUGGACGACUUCACCCAGACUAAGGAGCUGCGGGUCUGGCCGGGUUACGACUACGUGGGCUGGAGAAAUGACUCCUUCCCCAAAGGCUACAUGGAGAUGGAGUUCGAGUUCGACAGCCUGCGGGCCUUCACUUACAUGAAGGUCCACUGCAAUAACAUGCACACGCGGGGGGUGAGCAUAUUCCGGCAGGUGGAUUGCAGGUUCAAACGCAGCCUCCCCACGGCCUGGGAGCCUGAACUCGUCUCUCACAUGCUGGCUGUGGACGUCAAGGACCCCAGUGCCCGGUCAGUCACUGUGCCCCUGGAGGGGCACCUUGGGCGUUUCCUGCAAUGCCACUUCCACUUCUCCAGCACUUGGAUGCUCUUCAGUGAGAUCGCCUUCCUCUCAGAUGUGGUGGACAACGUGUCCAUUUCCGGAACAAGCCACUGGCCCCCGAUGGCUGGCCCCCGGCCCUCGGGCAGGGGUGCUGCAGCCCCCCCUGUUCUGGAAGACCCUGGCUCCACACUUCACAGAGACACCGGGGUCACGUCCAACCUCACACUCCAGGAUCUCGAGAUCCAAGGAGAGUCCAAAUCUGGCCAGCCAAUCGCCAAGGAUGAUAACAGCAAUACCUCCAUUCUGAUUGGCUGCCUGGUGGCCAUCAUCCUGCUGCUAUUGGUCGUCAUCUUCCUCAUCCUUUGGAGGCAGUACUGGAAAAAGAUCCUGGGGAAAGCCCAGAGGCGAAUCUCUGACGAUGACCUGACCGUGCACUUGUCGGUCCCGGGCGACACCAUCGUCAUCAACAACACGAUGGGCUCCCAACGCCACUCGAAUCGCUACGAGCGCAUCCACUCGGGGGAGACCGAGUAUCAGGAGCCCAGCCGUGCCCGCAUGAAAUUGCCCGAGCUUCCCCAUGGUGCCGAGAACUCUGCUCUGCUGCUCAGCAACCCGGCCUAUCGGCUCUUCCUGGCCACAUACGCCCAGCCAAUGGGAGGGCUCGCUCGCCCGCCAGCCGACGGGGCUAAGCCAAUCAACACAGAUGCCUGCAGCGGCGACUACAUGGAACCAGACCCUGCCGGGGGCCAGGCCGCGGCGCAGAACAAUGUCCCGCACUACGCCGAGGCCGACAUUAUCAACUUGCAGGGGGUGACGGGCGGGAACACCUACGCCGUGCCCGCUGUGGCCGUGGACGCGCUGGCCGGCAAGGACAUGGCCCUGGGGGAGUUCCCCCGGGGGCGUCUCCUCUUCAAGGAGAAGCUAGGGGAGGGGCAGUUUGGAGAGGUGCAUCUCUGCGAGGUGGAAAGUCCCCAGGAUCUGCCCAUUCUGGAAUUCCCAUUCAACGUGCGCAAGGGGCGCCCCCUGCUGGUGGCCGUGAAAAUCUUGCGCUCUGAUGCUACCAAGAACGCCAGGAACGACUUCCUGAAGGAGGUGAAGAUCAUGUCACGGCUGAAGGACCCCAACAUCGUGCGGCUGCUGGGCGUGUGUGUGCGGGAUGACCCCCUGUGCAUGAUCACCGAGUACAUGGAGAACGGGGACCUCAACCAGUUCCUCAGCAGCCACGAGCUGGAGGACAAGCUGGGGGGCAGCACCAGCGAUGCCCCCACCAUCAGCUACCCCACGCUGGUCCACGUGGCGGCUCAGAUUGCCUCGGGGAUGAAGUUUCUGGCCUCUCUCAAUUUUGUGCACCGCGAUCUGGCCACGCGCAAUUGCCUGGUGGGGGAGGGCUUCACCAUCAAGAUCGCCGACUUUGGCAUGAGCCGCAACCUCUACUCGGGGGACUACUACCGCAUCCAGGGGCGCGCCGUGCUGCCCAUCCGCUGGAUGGCCUGGGAGUGCAUCCUCAUGGGGAAGUUCACCACGGCCAGCGAUGUCUGGGCCUUCGGGGUGACGCUCUGGGAGGUGCUGAUGCUGUGUCAGGAGCAACCCUACGGCCAGCUCACCGACGAGCAGGUCAUCGAGAAUGCCGGGCAGUUCUUCCGGGACCAGGGCGAGCAGAUAUACCUGUCCCGGCCCCCUGCCUGCCCCCUGGCUCUCUAUGAGGUGAUGCUGCGCUGCUGGGUCCGCGAGUCCAAGGACCGUCCCUCCUUCCAGCACAUCCACCGCUUCCUGUCUGAGGACGCACUCAACAUGGUGUGAGCCAAGCUGAGCAGAGGGGGGGCCAGCCCAUGUGGACCCCCAGGCAUCAGCUUCUAUUCUGCAUCUCUCCAGCUACAGCUGUGGGUCGUCUGUGCAGGAGCUUGGGUGGGGAGCUGGAUCUGGGAACUGGAAGCUUCUCUACUGGGGCGUCUUAAGGGGCAUCUGUCCUUGUGUCUGGCCCUAUCUCUAUCUGUCCAUCCCUGGCUGGCCAGCCUGCCUGCCACUCUAGCUAGCUAGCUCACUUCUCUCUCCAGGCAUUCCUGACCCUUUCUAUCGAUACAUUUCUUCUUCUCUCUAUCUGUUCAUCCUUUUUUCAUUAUCCCUCUCUCUUUCUCUCACUCAUUCACACACAGACUCCAUGUCCCUCUCUCACUUUCUCUCUUGUCACCAUCUCUCAUCCCCUCUACGUCUCUCAAUCCCUCUUUCUCUCACUCCCUUUUUUCCCAUCUACCCUUCCUUGCUCCUUACUCCUCCUUCCCUCAUUCCCUCUUUUUUACUCUUCCCCUCUGUAUCCCUUGGAGGGUGUUUCUUUCUUCCCCACUGCCGUCCUGCAGCGGGGAUGACUCCAAAAGGGACUUGGCAGAACUGGCUUUGGGGAUCAGACUUCUGUAUUAUUUUAAUUUCACUUGGACUGGACUAACACUGGGGGGAAAAUAGUGCCUUGGUGUCAUGGCACUGGGGUGAACUGAACACUGGAUGUAGGAGUUGCUACUGACAUGGACAGGGGAAGGGAGGGGUGGGGCGAAGGUACGGGACAACAAUGAAAUAGCCUGGAGGCAACCAGGCCACCCUCAGAGGAGGGAGACUGGUCGAGAGGGGGCCGGUGAUCUGCUCUAACAAAGCAAGAGACACUGUUUGUUCUAGCAGGGCCAGAUCCCCAGCUGAUGCCAUCAACAUCAAUGCAACUACUGCUGGUUGGCACCAGCUGGGGAUCCAGGCAUCAUUGUUUGUAAUUUAAUUUUUACUUCCUCCUGAGACUUGGAGCAAGAGAUUGUAGAUAACAUACUAUAGAGUCUGGGGGCAGUGAGAUUUUCACUGGUGACUAGCGUUUUAGGGUGCAUUCAUUUUUGUAGCGGGAAAGAGGCACGACGCUAAAGGGCCUUCUCGGAAAAUCCAGUGCCUUUAAGGUGCGAAAUCACUAAUCACUUUGCAAAGUCUUGAGCUGAGCUUCCCAAAGGCGGUGAAGGUGAGUGAAGUGCUCAUAGAAAUGAAUGAGCUUUUGAGCACUAAAUUUCCUUAGACUUCUCCGAAAUCCCCAGACUUAUAAAUAAAUGUCAUAACAAUAAAUUGGUUAGUCUCUAAGGUGCCACAAGUCCUCCUUUUCUUUUUGCGAAUACAGACUAACAUGGCUGCUACUCUGAAACCGGUCAUAUUUUUGUUUCCAAGGAGUAAAUAUUGGUGACUAUGAUACAGAUUUAAUGAUUUGGAUGUGUAUGUUUUUGUCUCUCUCCACCCACACACAACCCUGUCAAAUGCUUUUUAUUCAUUUUUUAAUUCCUUGCUAAUCUUGGUAGUUUUUUCUUCUUUUUUACUAUUGUUAUUUGGAAACGGGAUCUGUACAUAUUUGGCGAGUAGAGAAAAAAAGAUUUUUACACUAAUAUAUAGAUUUUUGUUGUUGUUUAGUUGUUUCCUUUUAUGUGGUGAAUAAAAGCUUUGCAUUUUCUA